GCCAGCCGAGCCGGAAGUCGGUCGGCUUCUUCGCCUCCCCUCCGUCCCUGGCGGAAACGCAAGCCCUGGAGGAGAGGUUCCGGGCUCAGCCUGAGCUGGAGGCCGCAGAAUGGAGACCGGGGCCGAGGACGUGGGACUGACCCGCCGCCCGAUGCUGGCCUCUUCCUGGGAUGCCGCCUGCGGAGCCCUGGGCCACAGCCUCCGUCUCACCCGGGCUGACCUCGGCGCCCGGGACUUGGAUUGGGAGGAGCCGCUGGCUCCGCCUGCCCCGGGCCGAGAUCUGGUGGUUUUGAAGAGCAGCCUGAACAGCCCCGAUGAAAAGCCCUGCUUCCUUUACCUGAGAUGUGACCCUAACGGAGGCGAAGAAAUCGUUUCUGUUGGCAUUUUGAGCUCAGCAAGAAAUAUGGAAGUAUACUUAGGAGAGGAGUACUGUGGAACCAGUAGGGGCAAGACUGUUUGUAGUGAUCUGGAUGACAGUGAGCACAAAAUUAUUUUCUACAAAAAGUACUUAAAAUUGGAGUCCUCCAGUCAUGCUUGUAAAGUAAAGUUGCUCUCCUUUGGUGAAAAGCAGUGUGUGUUCAUCAGUAAAAUUGUGGUACAAUUGAGGCGGGUUUCAACAAAUUCUUCAACCAGCCCUCCUGCUCUAGGAUCAAGGAUAGACCUGCAGAGGGUCCAAACUCUCAUGGAGGCCAUGGGGUCAAAGUUGUCACCUGGCGCUCAGCAACUGAUGAAUAUGGUUAAAUUUCAGCAGCAGAAUUGUGUUCCCAUCGGAGAGCAGCUUCAGUCGGUUUUGGGAAAUACUGGCUACAAACGUAUGAUCGACCUGCAGUCGUCAGUUGCUUCAGGAGCCUCAGACAAGUCCCCCUCCACGCCUUUCCCUUUUAGAACCGGAUUGACAUCUGGAACCCUGACUGAAGACUUAAAUGCUUACGUUGAUAAAAGUCCACAGCCACCGGGUGGAGGAAACACUACAAACCUCAAAGAGUAUAACCUUGUGCCACAAAACCGUUCUCUUCUUGAGAGUGACCUCAGAAACGCAGUUUCUUCUUUCCUGCCGAAAAAAGCGAGUGACAACUCAAAUGUACCUAACUCUGAGUUGCUACCGUUUCUCCAGAAUUUAUGUAGUCAGGUUAACCAUCUCCGUGUGGGACGUAACACCAAGUGGCAGGAAGGCAUCACGAAGGCUGGGGAAGGCGUGGUUGGUGUCGCAAUGGAAGAGCAACCUGUGUGCACCUACUUGGAAAAGAUUCUUACUAAAAAUAUGGAACUGCUGGAAAAGAAACUUGUGGACUACAUCGAUCAGCGAAUAUAUCGACUCCAGGAACACAUGGAUACGAAGAUGGCUCUGUUGAUGGACCUGCUGCAGCAUCCCUACUCCCCACCCCCUGGGACGGCCCUUAGACAGUGUGACUCUGGAGAAAGACUUUCAAAUGGAGAAAGAUAAGUGCUCAACAUGUAGGAUGUACUGCAGAUAUUUAUUACAUAUUUAUUGCAAAGCCUAAACCCCCAGAGUUCAAAGCAAGUAUUUAAUGUCAUUUGAGGAGCAUCAGCUUACUUACAUCACGUGACCUCAGUGUUCAUUUUAACUGUACUUGUUAACUGUCAAUCCAGGACUGUGCACUAAGAUUAACAUGAUAGGGUCAUCAAUUAUUUUUGUUUGCAAUGUUGUUUACUUUUAUUUUUUACUUGUAUUUACUUUUAUUUUUGUUUAAGUGUUUAAACUUCUUAAGGAUUUCUAUUUUAAUGAGUCUGUAUUUUAUGUGUUUAAGUACUGUUUUAAUUUAUACAAAGGCCUUAUAUUUUAGGGAUAUGAAAAAAAUACAGUAUUUGAUGUAUUUUUCUUUUCCUUAUUGAUUGUUCUUGGAAACCUUAGAGUACUUAAGCCUUGCAACCUUUAAUUUCCAGUCACCAAUUUACAUUUUAUGUUGUUUAUUUCAGAUAAAAAAUUAGAUGUGAUAUUUCUGCAACAUUAGUAUACAUUGGGGCCAUUAGUUUUAUGUUCUGUCACAUUGGAGCUCUACUGUGGGUAGGAAAGAAACAUCAGAACUGGCCUUUUUUGUUAAGAUUAUUACUUUAGAUUUUGCAUUUGAUGUAAAACAAGAGAAGUCAUCUUGUUUCAUUUCAGUAAACACAGAAAGUGUAAGAAACUCUUCUCUUCUGAUAUUGGUUCUUCUUUCCAGAGCCCUGCUCUGGUAUGUUUAACAUGUGAAGUGCUGAACCUCUGCGCUCGAGGAUAGAGGCAUAUGAAUCAAGGAGAUUGCACUUCUCUCUGGCAGACGUAAUUUUCAGAAAUUAUGACUAUUUUAUAUGUGUUGAGAUGUGGUGUAUUUGCCUCUAAAAAAUCAUCUAUUCUGGAAACUGUCUUAAGUAAAUAGAUUUUCUUUUUUAUAUAAAGAUUUUAUUUUUUUAUUUGAGAGAGAGAGAGAGAGCACGAGCUGGGGUGGGGGUGGUGUAGGGCAAAGGGAGAAGCAGACUCCCCGCCGAGCAGGGAGCCUGACUCAGGGCCUCUAUUCCAGGAUCCCAGGAUCAUGACCUGAGUCAAAAGCAGACACUUGACCAACUGAGCCAGCCAGGCAGCCCAGAAAUAUUUUCCUUUCACCUAGUAUUUGUUUAACAUGAAAAAGAUGUUUUACAUUCAUUUCAUGUUUUGGUGAAUUUAGUUCUUGAAAGUGAAAGCUCAUAACAGUGUUCAUUUAUGAAUCAUUCUGCACUCAGUGACGGGAGGUCUAUAUAUCACUUUUAUCAAGGUUUUCCUAAUUUAUUCACAACCUAUGUAGCCAGUAAGUAGCAUUUCUUCCUACACUCAGGGGAAGCUUGUUGCACUUAAAGCACAACCCUCCUGUUUAAAAGCUGUACAGUUUCUGUUAGUUGUGCUCUGUUCUUUGGUUCAGAAAUUGCCUUGAAAUAGUUAAAACUAGAACACACAAGGUAUGUUAUAAAAUGAUGAAAAUAAUACAAUAUUCAUGACUAUAGUACUAGAAAUAAUUCAGAUGAGCUUUAAUUCCUGAUUUUCCAUUUCUUAAUUUUUCCAUGUUAAUGAAGACCUAACUUAUAUUUUGUAUGUAUCAGAAAUUCAGAGGUACUGAUUUUCUUGUAUUUAUAAACUGCUGUGCAUAAAUCUGUUUAUUGCUAUAGUAUUAUUUUCUAAGAAAAUACUGCCCGAAUUCGCUCAGCAGAAGCAGCAGACUAUAGUACUUACAAACUCUCUAUUAAGUCUUUUUUUCUCCUGUAAGUUUUCUCCACAUAUAAUAAGCCGGGUCUGCAGAGUAAGGGCUAGCAAAUGCACCUUCACGGGUAACCACCGCAGUUUGAAGUAGCUGCAAGGGAUGUGUGAUGAUCAAGAAGUUGAAUCAAGAUCCAGGUUAUGUAUUUUAAUUUCCACGUUUUUACCACUUUGAGUGUUACUUCAUCUCCCUCUUUCCCGUGGGGGCAUGCUGAGGUUUCCCUCCCACUUUUCAUCAGUGGAUUGUCGGUGUUCUGGGUGCGGGGCAGAGAGUGAGUUUGCAUGCUGCUGCCCUAGGACUCCCCUGAAAGUGUGGCCGCAGAGACUGUCACGGGAGGCUCUUCCUCACUUGGCCCCAGCCCAGCUUUCCAGCCUCAUCGGCCACCUCCACGUGCCCUGCUGUUCUAACGUGUCCUUUCUUCCCGCAGCUCCUCAGGCUGUUGGUUCCAGCAGACAGGAGUCGUCCUCCUGUGGGUCUCACCUCUCCCUACCCUACGCUGUCGGUCCGGGUCAGCGCAGAUGCAGCCAACAUGAAGCCAUCCUUGGUCCCUCCCUCCCCAGUCGGGAAGCAAGCAGCUGGAUGAGAGAAACAGGCAACGCUGAAGGCUCUCUCUCGGGGCACGUAAAACAAUCGAGGUCGGCUAAAGCAUAGGAGGCAUGUCAGGUAGCGGCCAGAGGUGUGGGAGGGACUCAGAAUCAAUUCUAUUGAUCAGUGGUCCUCGAGUCUAGUUCAGGAACCAGCAGCAUCAGCAUCACCUUGGAAGUUACUCGAAAUGCAGACCACUUCAGACCUACUGAAUCAGACUCUGAGGGUGGGGCCAGGCCUUGCAUUUCCUGAAGGCCACCAGCUGACACAGGUACCCACUCACUUUAUUGGUUUGUCUAAAAGCACUCACUCUGCAGCCAGGUGCAUGAGUUCCUUCCUAAAACUCCUGUUGCUAUACCGCAAAGGUGUUCUACAACUGGUAGGGAGAAAAUCUAGGCUUUUUACUAAGGCUUUAAAUCUCCACAAAAUUGGAUAUCUGGCUAAUUUUCCAACUGGUGUCCUGCUCCCACUCCCCUUUACGCGUCCCACUGUAGCCCCAACAGCCUUUUUCUUGUUCCUUGAGCACACCAAACCCAUUGCAGCAUCAAGAUGUCUGUCAUUACUAUUUGCUUUGCCUGGAAUGCGCCUCCUGACUUUGAUUUCUCCCUUUCUCCAGGCGUCUGCUGGAACGUCCCCUCCUCAGAAAGGCCUUUCUUGACUAUGAUCCCUAAAUUCCUCCUCCCCAUCCCCAUCACUUGGGUUAGCUAUUUUCACUUUAGUUUUCUUUUAACCAUUCUUUAAGGGGUAGAUAUAUUUAGAACAAAUUCUUUUUCUUCAUCCGAGAAUGUCUCUCUCCCCCUCCGUUCCUGAAGGAUAGUUUUGCUGGAUAUAGAAUUUGGAGUUCUUUUCAUUCAGCGCUCGAGAGAUGUCGCGUGCUACUUCUGUCUGGCUGCCGCAGUUACAGAUGAGAAGUCUGGUUUGACCGGUGCCCCUGUAGGUAGUGUCUUAUUUCUCUCUGGCUGCUUUCAAGCUUGUUUCUUUGUCUUUAGUUUUCAGAAAUGUAAUUAUGUGUCUUGCCAUGGAUUUUCUUGGGUUUCUCCUGUUUGGAGUUUUCUUCACUUCUUGAAUCUGUCUUAUUUCAUCAGAAGCUCAGCCCCAUCCUUUUUCUCCUUCUAAGACACUGAUGAUGUAAAUGUUGGGUCUUUCGUCAUAGUCCCACAGGUCCUUGAGGUUAUGUUAAAGUUUCGUUCAGAUUGGGUAAAUACUCUUGCUCCGUCCUCAAGUUCGCUGAUUUGGUCCUGGCAUCUCCGUCUGCCAUGGAGCCCAUCCAGUGAGGCUUUUUUUUUUUUUUCCAAUUCUGUAAUUUCCAUUUGGUUCUUUUGGUAUGACUUCCAUUUCUUUAUUGAGAUCCCUAUAUUUUGAUUGUUGUGGGAAGAUUUGUUACUGAUUGUUGAAGCUUUUUUAUGAUGGCUGCUUUAAAUCCUUUUUUGAAUAAUUCCAACAUUUGCUUCAUCUUGCUGUUAGCAUCAGUUCAUGGUCUUUUCUCAUUCAGGUGUUACUUCUCUGGUUCUUGGUCCGGCAGGUGAUUUUCCCUUGAAUCUUGGAUAUUUUGGCUAAGUCCUAUGUAAAUCUUUAAGUUUAUCAUAUAGUCACCUGCUUAGGUUUAGCAUGCAGGUCCUGGUCUACGAUUGUGGAAUUAGGUUCUAAUGGCAAUUUAAUGUCCAGAGGCUUUGUGGUGCUGUUCUGAUCUGCUCGGUUUCUGUGGUGCCACUGGCGCUCUCAGGGCCCUGACAGUGCGGCCAGGAGGAGCAGGAGAUUCCUCGGGCCAGAGCCAUCUGGUACAUCUAAGUGGGAGAAGGGAAUCUGGCUCAUAGGAACAGAGGUGCUUCUUACGGUGGAUCCCCCUCCGGCUAUCAGCUAGCCACCCCACUGUCUCCCAGCGCAGAGGCGUCUUGGCACCAGUGAGGCCUUUUACUGUCAGUGCGGCUCCUACACCACACACCUUUGCCACUGUCGCUGUGCUGGCGUGGUGCUGUGGGCAAGACGUGCACGGCAUCCCAGGGCAGUAAACCCACUCGUACCGCCUGCGGCUGCUAGAGUCAGCCUGGGCUGCCUCUUUCUGUUCUGCUGCGGAGUUGCUCAUCCAGGCUCGGGGUCUCUAACCUGUUUGCUUUCCUCUUUCCAACUUCCAGAGUAUUUCUUUAUUUGACUCUUGUAUUUUUUCUAGGGAUUACAGUUGUACUUUGGAGGGAGAGGCAAGGAGAAACAGGUCUAGGCCAUGUCGUCUGUACCUGGAGUCUCCUUAUUUAAUGUUACUGGAUUGGCUGGCUGGGGCCUGCCUGUAUCGUACACACCUACUAGCUUAUAACCCUUGUAUCUUCCCGAUUAAGUGUGAAAAUCUUCCAAGAUCAACGAAUCCUUGUAAAUGGCAUUGCACUGUGUAGCUAAAGCAUAAAAUCCAGUUGGUUUUCUCUAACUGAACUUUUAAGUGUAAGGGGAUUUUUAGCCUCCCCAUAUUUCUAUCUUUUUAUUUUUUUUCCAUUGAUCUUAAACCUGCUUUUGAGGAGCAGUCAAAUCCUGAGAAUCAGUGUGAGGGAAAGAAGAUCUGAAAAGAGAAAGACUUAGAAAGAAAUGGUUCAACAUAGCAUAUCUAUUCCCUGGGGGCUGAAGUCCACCUACGCAUGGGACAGAAUUCAGAACCCUGCGGAAGAGCUGCUGUCCCGAGAGUUGAUGUCACAUGCCCAUGACAUAGAACAUGGGGCUGGACGGUGGCUGCACUUCGAAAGCGAGUUCUUCGACCUUGGAUCUUAAUUCCUUCUAGCAAGGAUGAUUCGAUCCUUCCUUCUCAAAUUACAGGUUUCAUAAAAUAUCCUGUUCCCUCAAUUAAAAAAAAUUUUUUUUUAAUAGUUGGCCUUCAGAUCUGGACAGUUUAACUAGAGUAAGUAUGUUACCUUGUUUAUGCUUCUUCCUUCCUGGCUCACUGUUCCCUAAUUUGAGUGUUAAACAGUUUGCUGAGUCCAGACAAAUUUUCCUGGGAGGAUUGAGGAGGAAAAAUGUCCAAAGGGCCUGUGGUCUCCUGGAGAGACAGAAUGAAGGUCAAGGGCUCCUAGAAUCUCCUUAAACCGUAAUAUGGCAUGACAGGUGUCGGUGGGAGAAUGAAACACGGUUUUCCCUUAACCCACAUCACUUACGAUGUGGGUUUGCAGAUUCACAGCAUUGCACAGCAGGACAUUUUGAAAAAAAGACAUUUACUUAGUCAUUCCCAGAAAAUAUUUUAAACUUGAUGAACAGCAAGGGGUCAUUCCUGACUCUCUCAGUGACUAUAUGUCGGGAGGCCCAGGUGUUUGGGAAUAAAGCUACCUGCACGAGGUCUUAAUUGUAGCUACACACCGCUGCCUGUGAAAAGGAAAAAGAUUCUUCCCAAUUUCUCUCCUGAUUUCCUUUUCUCUAGACUGUGCAUUCAGUCGCUUUCCAUCCACAAAGAAACCCUUUCCCCGCCACGGCCAGCUGCCUAGGAGCAUUCACACACGCUUACACGUGGAAGGCUCUGUGGUUUGGGGCUCCUGGAUCCCCCGCUGACGGAAGUGCACUGAGGCGGCGAGGCGGCUGGGUGGGGAGGGAGGCCACACUCACUCCUUGCCAAGUGGCACU